CUGAAAAAGAUCUCAAAACAAACGAAAAUUCCAGUAUUCCCGACCCCAUACACAUACCUAGGGGUCAGGCUGAAAAACACGUAAUAUAGGUGAAAUAGAUGUAUUUUGUGAAUUUACUUCCAAAAUUUCAAACAGAAAUAUUCACCACUUUGCUCAAAAAUUUUAGAUUUUCACAAAAAAUCCUGACAUUUUAAAGUGGUAGCCAUCUCAGAAAUUGUUUUUUUUGCUAUAAACAAUUACCAAAACACAUCUUUCCACCAAAUAUGAAAAAAAUCCAUCCACUAGUACUUGAGUUGUUCAAUGGAUGGACUGGGGGCUCACUAUAUUCCUACCAAACCUUGUUUGUUGGAAUUAAGUUAACUGUCCCAACACUACUGUCAUAUGGUUGGUUUAGACUGUUGAAGCUGACACAGGAGGGGAGUAGGAAGACUGUUGUAUUCAUAGUCAAUGUUCAGAAAUUUCUAGACAGCAACAGAAGUCCAGCUGAUCCCACAGGAUGCUGUUUGACCCUCUUGCUCCGAAGUCAAAGUAUGCUGUCAUCAAAACAUCCUUUCAAUAGGCCAUUCAGUUGUUG